AUGUCCAAGCAAUUUCGUCUUCUGACAUGUCCCGAUGACAUCUUUCUUCUCAUCCUCGAACGUUGCGAGCAGACUUCGCUUCACAAUCUUAGCUUAACCAGCAGAUCUCUACGUCCACGAUGCAUUCCGCAGCUGUAUAGAGAGGUCGAUCUCAGCUCGCAUAAUCUUGGACGAUUGCCCGAGUUCGAAGACGAACUGCGACCAGAGAUCUAUGCAAAUACGGACGACUUCUGGCGCCCUCACAACUUGGUGUCUCGGCAGCGCUCGUUCUUGCGAACAAUGACAGAAUGCCCCGAGUAUGCAACUGCUGUCCGCGUCUUCUCUUGGACCCUGAUCUGGCGUGAAGUCAACGAGGAUGCAUUGGCGGAGAUGGACUACCAGCUUUGGGCCACCUUCAGCCGUCUCACGAAUGUGACGAGGCUAGAUCUAGCAUCACUCCGACGAGAUGAGAUCCUCGAUCCCUAUAUCCGCCAGAUUCCACCCCUCCUAUUUCCUCACGUGACAGAGCUGAGGCUCACGGGAUGGAUGCACCACAGUCUCGUCGCAAACAUCCUCAAUUCUAUAGACGUGGCAAAGCUUCAAAGUCUGAGUCUCGAUGCGCUCCAGGAAGAAGGACAAGUCCCUGAUGGCUCCCCUAUGCCGGAGGAAAUCAACAAAGAUUGUUGGAACUCUGCAUGGCGCCUUACAUCGAUUGAUCAUGGCACAAUAGAUACAACCCGCAUAAAGGUCGGUAUUAUCUUCCCAGGACCUAUGUGGUCAACGAUUGCGCCGCUCGUUGGAAAAUUGGAGUCGCUUCAGCAUCUCGAGAUACGGAUACCGCCGCUCGAAACAAGCGGAAUGGACACGGAUUGUACAGAGCACCUGCACUACAUCUUUGUUCUAGCGGGUUUGGUCGCGUCAGUCGUAUCAAGUCUGAAAUCGCUGGCCAUUGACUAUGCGCGGGAUAUCCAAAGGACUCCCAGCACGUGUGGUACUGGUCGGAAUUACGAACUUGCCCUUCAUCUAUAUCGCUCACGUCUAUCGCUGAUGAUACUGAAUGCUUUUUGGCCAUGUUUUUCGACGGAGAGAGAAUGGAAGUGGGAAUCAUUGCAGAGCGUCUCUCUUAGAGGCUUCCUUCAAGGGAACGAGACGGCAGCGGCAUUCGAGCACACGACAGCCAUCAAGGCAUUACAAAUGAAGAUCGAAGAUUCCUUGAGUAGUAGAGGAGUUGCCCUCGAAUGGUCGAAUGACUCCCCGCGCCCAGCAGUCUUGUUUAUGGGGUAUGAUUUUACGAUAUCCGAAGAGGCAAUGAGCCAGUUCGUUCGACUAUCCCAGCAACCACAGCUUGCCCUUACAUGA